UUCAUGGACUUGGCACUUGUCAAAGAGUGCAGUAUAAUGAGUUUCACUGAAGCUGGUGGAAGCCUUUUUCUCCAGGGUUUGCUGCAGACUGAGUGUACUUUUGUUAGUUGCAAACUUUGUGCAUUUAUUUUGUUUAUAACACAAGUGGAUAAAUCUAAUACCACAGCAUAAGAACAGUCUACAGAAGGAUUCUUCUACGAAUUUUGUAAUGCAGAUUGAUUUAUCCACCUUAUUUUCGAACGUGGAAAACAUUCCUGUCUAUUCAGUUCUUACAAAAUGUUUACUUCAAGCUAUGGAGACAUCAUGAAUUCAACUUUAGAAGUCACAGAUUAUCCUGAAAACUCAAGCACCAACGGCUCUGGAGACUAUGACUAUGACUCUGUCACUGAAAGCCCUCCCAGCGUGUCAGGACCACAAUGCAGGGAAACAAUAUGUGUAAUCACGGUUAUUUUAAAAGUGAUUAUUUUCCUGCUUGGUAUCGUUGGAAAUGGAGCGGUGAUCUGGAUUGCUGGUUUUAAGAUGAAGAAGUCAGUUAACACCACCUGGUACCUGAGCCUGGCCUUAUCUGAUUUCAUUUUCUGCAGUACCCUCCCUAUAACCAUUGUCCAUACAGUUACAAACAAGUGGUCAUUUGGCCUCUUCAUGUGCAAGUUCACAUCCUUUAUUAUGUAUCUUAACAUGUACAGCAGCAUCUUCAUUCUCGUCAUUAUAAGUGUGGACCGCUGUUUGACCGUCAAGUUUCCUGUAUGGGCCCAAAAUCAUCGUUCUAUAGUCAAGGCUUCAGUUGUAGUUGCGGUGACUUGGCUCAUGUCAGUUUUGCUUAGUAUACCACCACUGAAAACCAGAAGAAUUGAUAAGACAUCAACGAUAUGUUACAACGAUUACGAGGGAGAUCACAAUCACCAAACUAUUGUGCUCCUUCGAUUUACUUUGGCGUUUUUAAUCCCAUUGCUCAGUAUUUGUUUCUGCUACUCCAUCUUGAUUUGCAAACUUAGGGCAAACCAAUUAUCCAAAUCCAACAAGCCCUACAAGAUCAUGACACUUUUGAUUGUGACUUUUUUCCUCUGCUGGAUGCCAUUUCAUAUUGUUGCUAUGAUAGAGUUUGGUGCAUCUAAGGGUAACAAAGCCCAUCAUUCAGCCAUUUACUCAGCCCAAAGAAUAACCGCUACUCUUGCCAUCUCAAACAGCUGUCUAAACCCAUUCUUAUAUGCAUUUAUAGGCAAGGAUGUAAAGAGAUGGUAUUCGUUUGUGUCAAAGAUUGAAAAGGCCUUUGGGCCGACACAGCAAGAAGUCCCUGGUUUGGGCCCCGCGCGCUAGAUCAGGUG